CCUGUACUUUUUCUCUCUUUGUAGCACUUUUUAUCCCGUCUACUACCAUUUCCAAACUCACAGGAACAGACAGCUGCACUUCCAACAAGACUCUGAAUCACUUCUCACUGCAACAGAAGCAAGUGGAAGUUUUUUUUCUUUUUUCUGUGAAGGAAUCAUUUUGUGUGGGUCCAAAGGAUAAUUUUAGCUUUGCGGCGUUGGAUUGACACAUUUCAACGAGCAUUGUCAGAGAUCUUGUUUUCAAACGGAAGCCUGCUGGACGGGCUGAAGCCUCCACAAUCGUCAUCUGCGCUGCGUGUGCGCAGGCCCGGCACAGUCAGAGCUCUCAUCCUGCUCCACUGGUUCAGCUGAGCCUCUGUAUCAGAGGCGUUUCUGACAGAACAGUCUGCUCUGUGUGAGAAACACCAUCCAAACUGGAUGACAGAGAAGCCGUCCUUAGCAAUGCUUAAGUUGGACGUUGUGGCAGCUGCUCUGAAUCCUCGCAUUCUUGUCUCGCCGAGAUAAGCGGAUUUCCCUGCCACUGGAACCUGGAUCUUCUCUGCUCUAAUUUUUCCACGGGAAAAUGCUCAUCUGGAUUCUCCUCCUUUUAGAUUUGAUUUCUGAGACACGCAGAGGGGGGGUGGACAUCUUGGAUUUCUGAAUGUUGCCUGCUUCCCCAUGGCAUGUUGCUUCAGAUCCCGUCACCGUGGAAGCUGGACUCUUAACAGCCCCCGUCCAGAUGACGAAACGGAGCAGCACCACAGCACAAUGGUGGGAGAGGGGGGCAGCACAGGGGACACGACCCCUCCUCCAAAGCGUAAAGGCAAGUUUUCUACCAUUGGCAAGAUCUUCAAACCCUGGAAGUGGCGGAAGAAGAAAAGCAGCGAAAAGUUCAAAGAAACAUCCGAAGAACUGGAGAGAAAGAUGUCAACUAGACGUACCCGACAGGAGCUCAUAGAGCAGGGCCUGCUGAAGGAAGUCCCAGAUAAUGAUGGAGAGGCGCAAAAUGUGAAACAGUCCUACGUUAAAAACGGCCACACGCUUCCAGUCAGUGGAGGGGGAGGAGUCAUCAGCAGUGGGAGGAGCCCAGGUAACCAGGUCAAACUCCCCGGAGAGUCGGACUUUAGGAUGCACCCUGGGAGGCUCGCCCAGCCGGAGGACCACAGGGGCCGCUCUCCCUCAGACGGAGACCGCCGCGGGGCUUUGUGCUCCAGGGGCACCGGACUGCAUGAGGAUGGCUGGAGGAGCGGGGCCAUGGGGGCACAUGUGCAUGGGGAGGGUGAAUGGAAAUCCAACUUGGCCUGGCAGGGACAGAUCCACGCUCAGAAGGAUGAAGGCAGGCGCGGGGGCAGACUUCACCCCAACGAUGGGCAGAGAAGGCCGGGGCUGCAGAAGGCCCCAUCAGAGGACGGCAGGAGGCGGCCGGCAGAAGCAGAGUGGAAGCCGACCCUUCCUCGACAUGCCUCUGCAGAGGAGGGAAGGACCCGCAGAGAGUCAGACAGCCAUUUUGUACCUGAACUGGAGGCGCUGCAGGACACUCUCCGUGAACCUCUGCCGCCUAAGCAGUCGGUCAUGCCUCCCAAGUGGCUGAUGAGUUCCUCCUCUGAGCCUGGAAACGAGGGCCCACCUCGGACCCCGUCCAACCACCCGGCGACUCUUUACUCCUCCCCCUCCGCUGGGACUUCCAAACCUGUUCGAUCCGUGUCUUCUGCGGGAACCAGCACGCAUCAGCCUACACCUUCAACCCUGAUGCCCUCCUCUCAGGGCACUAAGCAGCCUCCUCUGCCUCCACCCAAGCCUGUAAACAGGAACAACGCAGCCAUGCUGGUAUCCGCCCUGCAGGGGGGAGAAAACGCUCAGCUUCCUCUCUACUGGUCCUGCUGGAAGCGAGAAUGCGACUACGAUGUCUACCUGUCGCUGCCCGUCUACCUGUGCCGGCGGGCCGGAGGCCUGCGCUCAGGCGACUUCAGUCAAGCCACAGGGGGUGCGAGUCUUCAUCCGGCUAAGCCCUCCCCUCCAAUGCCUCCCAAGAGGACAACCCCAGUCACUAAGCGCAACACGGAGGACUCUACUCCGAGCCAUCCCAUCAUUCCAUCCCCGCACUCUGUGGAGGACCACGGCAUCCUCCCUGUGGGCUUCCAGCUGCCUCCUCCUCCUCCUUCCCCACCCCUGCCCACCCACAUACCGCCCUCUCCACCCCGCCAGCACAUGCACACCCACCACCUCCACCAUCAACACUCCUACCCGCACCCACUUCCCCAGCCCAUACCGAUGCUGUUCGACCCACCGAGCCCAACCGUGGAGUCGCCCCAGCGCCCCGCCCCUGUCCCGCUGCACAUCAUGAUCCAGCGAGCUCUUUCCAGUCCUGGCCCAGCGCAGCCUCACCCAGACGGGGUGCAGCGGGCACAUGCGCUACUUUUCGAAACCCCUCCGGAGUAUCAAGCGGAUCGCGGCCGACCUCUCCCUGUCAGCAUUCAGCCUCUAAAGCUAUCUGAAGAUGACUACUCAGAGGAAGAAGAAGAAGAAGAUGAUGAGGAAGAGGAGGAGUACGACGGUGAAAUCCCCCAGCCAGAGCUGGAGCCACGGAGUCGCCGCUGCCUGGUCGGGGACGCUGGUGUUUGUGUCCUUCCUGGGGAAAACAGCAGUGAGGAGGAGGAAGAUGAGGAAGACGACGAGCGAGGACAGCAUGACAGGGAGGACAGUGAUUCAGAUGAUCAGGUGGCCCACAAAGAGGAAGACUCUGACGAAGAGGAUGAGCCCCCACUCAGUGCCCUGGCCAGCAGGGUCAAGAGGAAGGACACUCUGGCUCUGAAGCUGAGCAGCCGUCCCUGCGCCCCGGACAGGGAUAGGUUCACACAGGAGAGAAGCAGCAGAGAGGACCAGCCUCCGGGUCAGACGGGCCUGACCUGGCAGAGCAGGGAGCAGUGGGAGGCCAUUCGUACACAGAUUGGCACUGCACUCACACGGAGGCUCAGCCAGAGACCGACUGCUGAGGAGCUUGAGCAAAGGAACAUCCUUCAGCCCAAAAAUCAAGCUGAUAGGCAAGCGGAGGUCAGAGAGAUCAAACGGCGUCUGACCAGAAAGCUGAGUCAAAGACCCACAGUCGCAGAGCUGCAGGCGAGAAAGAUCCUGCGUUUCCACGAGUAUGUGGAAGUCACAGAGGCCCAGGACUACGACAGGAGGGCAGACAAGCCGUGGACCAAGCUGACUCCUGCAGACAAGGCCGCCAUUCGGAAGGAGCUCAACGACUAUAAAAGCACUGAAAUGGAAGUUCAUGAAGAGAGUAGAAUUUACACAAGGUUUCAUCGACCUUAGCGUCCACGCUCUCGGAUAAUGAAGCACUUAGGAUUUCUGUGAACAGAGGCGGCUCCGUGCGCAGAUUGCCCCUUUUUUCCCCCCACCAUAUCCAGACUUUGCUGCACUGUGUAAUCAGGGAAGAGCCUGGAAGUGACUCACAAUAAGAAUGCCCGCCGCUUGCCUUCCAUCACCCUCUCACCACAUCGCUUUCUGCCUGACCCGAGGCGGUAGCAGGCAAGGUCCAGAUGCAGUAUUUCUCCUAGAUGACGUGGGGUUGAGGGGAGUGUGAGAGACCCAACGUGCCAACGAGAGAGUGAGGCUGCAGAGAAGCUACACCACAGCCAGCGCUUACUCUCACUCUGCUGCUGCGUGUGGCAUCCUUCAGAGACUUGGAUCUAGUUAAAACCUUUAACACGGCCUCAUUCUGUUGCCUUUUUCUUCUCUUUGUUGUAUAUGGAAACACUAACUCAUCUUGUUGAUGUAAUAGCAUACAAUAAAAACAGUAAUAACAAUGAGGACCUAUCAUACUUCACACCGUAAGAAUAGAUAACAGAGACUGAAGCACCAGAAUGUGAAGAUUUGGACAUUUUCCGUGUUAGGACUUGGCAUCUCUGGGAUUUUGUGUUUUCUAUUAGUUAUGUACAGACUGCUGUUGUUAUAUCUUAGAAUGCAACUGAGGAAAGAUGUUAUGAUAAAAUACUCUGUAAUGCACAAGACAUUUUAUUUUGUUAUUGUAAUCACAUGAGUAGUGAGAGCUUAUAUUUGAGCUGGUUUUUAUACUAUUAUUCAGCUUUGCCUGUAUUUGUGGUUGUGAUGUAAGGUGACCAAUUUAGCGUCAAUCUAGCUGCAGAAAAAAAAAAAGUGCAGGUCAGGGAGGCCAUCUACGUGUUCAUGCGUGCCAACAUAAGCAAUGCCUGAAGAACUAAAGGAAACUGAUUUUUGCAAUCCUCUGCAUGAGCCAACUGGACGUCCAGUGCCAUUGGACCUGGACGAUCUCUCUUCAUUUAUACUUUUUUUUUAAUGAGUUUUUGUACUACCCUUUAACAAUUGAGCAAGCAAUGCAUUCUGUAGCCGUUUUAAAUAAGGUCAUACUCAUAGUGUCUGUAAUAAGAGUUUAAAUAUAAGUUGCUGUGAGCAUAGAUCAGGGAUUUAUACAACAACAACAACAAAAGUCUGAAAAUGAAUAACCGGUUGACAGGGAGUCAAUUUUGUUUGGAGAAUUUUGAAGCUGCAGGUGUGUUUUAAUGUACUUUUGUCUGGCCAAUAGCUUACAGGGUUCUCUAUGCUGUGUACGGGUUCAUAUAGGUUUAACUGAUGCUUCUGUAUAUCUUGUCUUCCUUUUAUUUGGAAAUAAAUUUUAAAUAUAAAGGUAUUAUAGGUUGCUAUUUUUUUAAGUACAAAACAUUAGUUUGUGAUUAAAUGCUACAAGAAUGGGAACAUGAAAUGCCUUUCUUUUCCUGUAAAAAAAACAAAAAGAAAAAAAAGAUAAGUUCAGUUUUAAUUGGAUGUUGAAUUAUAUGAGCCGAUGAGUUUUCUUUUUAACUGUAAAUAGUCACAUCUGGAUCUGAAUAAAUAAUGCCGUUAUUCUCUGAACCUCA